UCAUGUUGACUUCCUGUUUUGUCUCUACUUCUUCCUGUGGGCUACUGCAGCCAGCAAGAGCAUCUCUCAUCCAAGCAAGUUAGUGACAGCGUUUUUGUUCCGUCCGUUAAUGUUAACCUGUUGAAACGAUGAGUGCAUUGUGAGGUAGCGAGUUAAGUGUUAUUGCAGUUGUGUCGUUGACAUUCAUUUGUAUUUGCAAAUUAGCCCAAGUUGGCUAACAUUAGCUAGCUAGCACAAAGGGAAGCCAACUGACAUCAACAACAAUACCAAAGUGGUGGCAUUUCUCUUUUUUAUGAGUUCAUAUUUGGCCAAUUUUCAGUCCUACUCAUUUUUACACUUCGUCCUGCUACAAACGGUACGGUUUUAUAUACACAUUGAGUGUUUGGCCGUGAUUAUUCCCACUAAAGUCGACGCUAGCCCGCUUAGCUAGCUGGCUAACUGCUAACGUAUAGCUAGUAUUAACAGUCACCAAGGCAACAAUGAAUAUCCUUCCAAAGAAGAGCUGGCAUGUCCGCAACAAAGACAACGUCGCUCGCGUGCGGAGGGACGAGGCCCAAGCAGCAGAGGAGGAGCGCGAGGCCAAGCGUCGCGUGGAGCGUGCCGAGCAAGAGGCUCGUACAGAGUAUUUAAGAGGGAAAGCCAGAGCUGCUCUCCCCUCAGCAGGAGAAAGGAAGUAUGAUGAUGAUGAUGGACGGAGUGGAGGAAGUGCAGCUCUGGAGCAUCUUAAUCUUUUUCCCCUGGAGGAGUCCUCAGAGAAGAAGGGGAAUGAGGAGUAUCUCAAAGACAAGAAAGAUGAAAAGGAGAAGCAGGAGCGCGCCAUUGGCUUGCUGGUGUCUCUUGGACCCCAACCCGGAUCUGAGGUCACUCCGUGGUACAUGAAAACUGGCAAAGAAGAAGAAGAUAAGAAAGAAAAAGAAGAGAGGAAGGAUAAAGAAAAGAAGAAGGCAAUAAGUGAAGAGGAAAAAGAGAAAAGAGAUCGCAGAUUGAAAGACAGUUUAGACCCAUUGAAAGAUAUGAAGAAAGCACUGGCUGUAAAAGACAGAAAAUACCACAACAGCAAACAAAAGGAAAAAAGAAACAAAGGGGAAAAGAAGGUCACUGGAGAGAGCUCCAUAGAAAGGUUACGUGCUGAGCGCUUGCAGAGGGAGGCUGAAGAAAGGAGAAGAACUAAGGCCCUGCUCGACCAGAGGAACGGCAAAGGGAAGGAGCCAGGGAAGGAGACACAGGAGAGGGAGAUGCCGUACAACAACGCGUACUUCCCAGAGCUCGCUCGAAAGCGCCAAAGGCGGGAUCGAGACAGCUGGAGAGACGAAAUAUUAAAAUCAUGAACUAUCUUAAUUGGUCGUCUGAGGAGUGUGGUCUGUGAUGGACGGUUAGUGGACAAAUAUAGUAACUAUUGUGUUAUUAUGUAAAAAGUUUUUUAGAGCCACAUCAAGAACAUACAUGUAACUUGGUCACAUUAUUGUCAGUAAGUUAUGAAGGGGCAGCUUGUAGGCCACUUUUAGUUUUUGUUACGCAGAGGUCAGGUUCAGUAAACGUUACCAUCAUCCCCUGCAGCGUUUCACUCACGAUCCUGUCAUAAGGGCAGAUGGUUGCCAUCACAGGGGGCUUGAAGCUCAGGCUCUCUGCAAAGAAAGCACGCAGUGAACAACUGUUAGAAUACAAAUAUGAAAAACUGUAUUGUCCACAAAUGUGAAAAUUCUUUUUCGGUUUCACCGUAAAUUCAAGAAUACACAAGAGACAGGACAUUACAAAGAAUACAUUGCCAAGAUGGCAUAUGGACUAAUAAAGAGACAGUUUUUUGACAUUGUAUAGACAAAGCGAUGUAAAUAAUAAUUAACAAAAUAUUCAGGUUAAUCACUAAUGAGAAAACUUGCUAUUUUAUUUGCCGCUCUAGGUGAGAUCAUAAAGUGUAUGCCUGCU